UGCUCAUCCCUGAUGUCUGGGACGUGCAUGUGAUCGCGGCUUAUGUAGGGGGCAGACCUUUGGGGAACUUCCUGAAGUGUGUAACAGUAUUGGACUGGCGAGAAAUUAUUAGGUGGUGACCUAUCUUUUUGCUGUUUGGAUCCUUAAGCUCUUAAAUGGGCGUGGCGCUCAGCCGGCGGCUCUGCACCUCGAUGGCGAGUCCGACCCGCUGCCGGCCGGUAGUGCUGUGCGGCCCGUCCGGCGCCGGCAAGUCGACGCUCGUGUCGCGCCUGCAGGCCGAGUUCCCCGGUCUGUUCGGCUUCAGCGUCAGCCACACCACGCGCCGGCCGCGCGCCGGCGAGGCGGACGGCGUGCACUACCACUUCGUCAGCCGCGAGGCCAUGCUGGAGGCCAUCAAGGCCGGCCAGUUCCUCGAGCACGCGGAGUACGGCGGCAAUAUGUACGGCACGAGUAAGGCGGAGGUGGAGCGCAUUGACGGCGGUGGCGCCAUCUGUAUCUUGGACAUUGACGUGCAGGGUGUGAAGCAGGUGAAACAAUCGGACCUCAGCCCGCACUGCGUCUUCAUUCGGCCGCCCAGCAUGGAGGUGCUGGAGCGUCGACUCAGGGACCGCAACACGGAGACGGAGGAGACGCUGCGGAAGCGGCUGACGGCCGCCGCCGCCGAGCUCCAGUACGGCGAGACACCCGGCAACUUCGACGCCACCGUCGUUAACGACCAGCUGGACGCGGCGUAUGAGCAGCUGCGCGCCUUCCUGCUGCCGAUCAUCGAGCAGAAGAAGCGGGGCGCGGGCGGCGUCGAGCGCUCGUAAGGCGCAGCUGCUGGCGCCGGCUCCGUGCGGCUCGUCGCGAGCCGCGGCGUUGCCUGGCCCGGUGGCGCCGGCCGGAGGAGGCUCCGCUGCGGGUCACGGCUUCGCCUGGCCCGGUGGCGCCGGCCGGAGGAGGCUCCGCUGCGGCGGGGGAGGACUGAGGCCGGGGUGUGGUAUAUGUCGGUCACAGUCGUCGCUAGAGGCACUUGGCACGUGAGCAGGGAGCAAAGGAACACGGUCGGGUUUGUUGUUGAUGUUCUAG